GUUCAUGGCGUUGCGUCAACAACUCCGGGGCGAGUCUUUAGGAAGCUCGAGGUCGAGAAACACACAACUUUCAAAAAGUAGUUCUGGAAAAAAAGGUCUGUGUGAACACAGCCCGAAAUGACUAACUUUCUUUUCACCGUUGCCGCGAUUCUCCUGACGCUUUUGAUAUUGUGGAUAUGCGGUCACACACGGAAAAGGAAACCGGGGGAGCCUCCACUGGUGACUGGCUGGCUGCCUUUCAUUGGUGUCACAAAGGAUUAUGUCGCCAAUCCUUUAGGCUUUUUAACAGAGACUCAGAAAAAACAUGGGAAUGUUUUCACAUGUUUGAUUGCUGGGAAGUACUUUACCUUUGUCACAGACCCCUUUUCAUUCUCGUCUGUUGUCCGUCAAGGGAAAAACCUUGAUUUUCAGAAGUUUGCUAUUAAUUUUUCCCAACGGGUCUUUGGUCAUGCUGACUUUAACUCCCCCCGAUUGAGUGGGAAUUACAGGGAAAUUCACAGCAUUUUUCGCCAGACACUUCAAGGUCCGUCGCUGCAGCAUUUAACCCAGUCCAUGUUGUGCAACCUGCAGACAGUUUUGGAGCAAUGUUUACCUUAUGAACAUGACUGGCUUCAAGAAGGCCUUCAGAGUUUCACUAACCGCAUCAUGUUUGAGGCAGGCUUUCUCACUCUGUUUGGAAAGGAGGACGUAAGUUCUCUUCAGAAGAGUGGCAUAUCAGGCAACAGAAUAUCCAUGCCAAAAGCAACACAAGACUUUUUGGUGUUUGAUCGUGCGUUCCCUCUACUGGCUGCAGGAGUUCCUAUUGGUCUGUGUACAAAAGCAUGGCGAGCAAGGGAAGCCUUAGCCGAGGAUCUGCUUCAUGAUGAGCUUCAUCGGCGGAAAUGCAUCUCAGAUCUGAUUCAGCGCAGAAUGGACACAUUUGACCGCAUGCUUUUGGACGAAACUGGAAAAGCGCGGACACACGUGUGCAUGCUAUGGGCGUCUCAGGCUAAUACUCUGCCUGCUGCCUUCUGGAGCCUGUACUACACACUGAAAUCUGUUGAUGCUUUCACUGCUGCUUGCACAGAAGUCAACAGGGUUUUGUCGGGUCAAUCAUUAAACAGCAAGGAUCAAACAGUCUACCUUUCUAAAGAUCAGUUGGACUCUAUGACUGUAUUAGAAAGUAUUAUAGAAGAAGCUCUCCGUCUGUCUAGUGCCUCCAUGAUGAUACGUGUUGCCAGUGAUGACUUCACUCUGACACUGGAGUCUGAUCAAACAGCUGCCAUAAGAAAAGGAGAUUACAUUGCUCUUUACCCUCAGCUCUUACACUUGGAUCCUGAAAUCUACCCCAACCCCACAGAGUUCAAAUACAACCGCUUUCUGGAUGAGAAUGGUCAACCAAAGAGUAAUUUCUACAAAUCUGGCCGACGACUAAGGAAUUUCUUGAUGCCGUUUGGUUCUGGUGCUAGCGAGUGCCCUGGCCGUUUCUUCGCUGUCUAUGAGAUUAAACUGUUCCUGGCAUUGACACUCUGGCAUUAUGAUCUGCAGCUCCGGGACCCUGAUGUCCCCCUCGUUCAAGACAGUGCCCGUGCAGGCCUCGGUAUAAUGCCACCCUCACAAGAUGUCCUUCUCAGAUUCAGAAAAAAACAAUGAACACCAGGAAAUGAGCAUAAAGAUACAAAAUGAAAGAAGAUCAAAUAUUUACCAAUUGAUGUUUAGCAGAGCUUUUUUAUUAUUAGCCCCCUUAAGCAAUAUUUUUUUUGAUUGUCUACAGAACAAACCACUGUUAUGAAAUGACCUGCCUAAUUAACCUAGUUAAGCCUUUAAAUUGCAUUUUAAGCUGAGUGUCUUGAAAAAUAUCUAGUCAAAUAUUAUUUACUGUCAUCAUGGCAAAGAUAAAAUAAAUCAGUUAUUAGAAAUGAGUUAUUAAAACUAUUAUGUUUAUAAAUGAAAAACUCUUCUUUCUGUUAAACAGAAAUUGAGGAAUAAAUUUACAUGGGGGAUAAUAAUUCAGGAGGGCUAAUAAUUCUGACUUCAACUGUACACAUGGACCAUGAUAUUCUUAGCCUAGAGAAAAAGUGGAAUGGAAAUCUUUUCUAUGUUAAAUAAUGAUUCAAUUGGUUGUUUCUACAAAACUUUAUAUGCAAAAUUAUUUUAUUACAAAUUUUGCUUAAAUGGGCCUAAUAAUUCAGUUACACAACAAUAUACUGCCUGAUAGCAAUUAAAUAAAACAUUUUUGUUAAAUAUCAA